AUGGCGAGUACUGGCGUGGGAGACCUUGGCAUUAGUUUAGUUUUUGAUCCAAAAACUAGUGAUUGGUGUAUAUUUCUCAGUCGAUUAUCACAAUAUUUUCUUGCAAAAGGCAUUAAGGAAGAUGAUAUGAAAAGGGCGAUCCUGCUCUGCAGCCUUUCUGAGGAAGCUUUUAUUUUGCUCACAAAUUUAUGUGUUCCAGAGAAACCCGAGGAUUGUGAAUUCAAAAAAAUAGUUGCUAACCUUACGGGAUAUUAUGAAGUUAAAAAUUUGAUAUGGGUAGAGCGUGGAAAAUUUUAUGCAGCACAGAAAGGUGAAUGUGAAACGGCUCAGGAAUGGAGUACUAGGUUGAAAGAGCUAGCUAGUAAGUGUCAAUUUUCUGGAGCAUUGGACACAAAAUUGACCGAUAUCUUCAUUAACAAUUAUAAUAUUGGUAAAGUGAAAAAUACGCUCUAUGGCUUGAAGCCAACUGUAGUUUUUAGUGAAGCUUUGGAGACCGCACAAAUUGAAGAAGCCAGCCAAAUGGGAGUAAAGGAGGCCAAAGUAACUUCUGCGCAAACUACUGUAAAGCUUGAACCUGAAAACGAAGUAUUCACGAUGCCACAAGGCGGUCAUCAAGUGACAAGCUCAGGAAAUUUACAAGAAUUUUCGGAACGCAGGGGAAUUAGCGGCAACAGCGCGCAGCCACCGCGGUGGUCAGCAGGCCAACAGCGGGCUGGGAGAGCUCCGUUUUCUUAUGUUAGGGAGACUCAGCAGAGCCAAAAAAGGUUUGGUACUGUUGGUAGUGGUACCUCUGUUCUUCCACCAUCGCCCAGCUAUAGUCUAGCCACCACCCACGUUUUGAGCAACCACAGCACCACCUCUCAUUCACCUGAGAAUCCCGAGGAAACACGGGCGCCCAGUACCAAUUCGAGCCAUUCACCUCAACCACAACCGUCGUCCUCGACCACGCCCACUAAUACGAACAAUGCCCAAAGCAAACCGCCCUAUUCGUACGUAGCUCUGAUAGCUAUGGCCAUACAGUCUUCACACAUGAAAAGGGCAACCUUGUCCGAGAUAUACUCUUAUAUAACGUCAAAAUUUCCUUAUUACGAGAGAAACAAAAAAGGAUGGCAAAAUUCGAUAAGACACAAUUUAAGUUUGAACGAGUGCUUUGUAAAAGUACCAAGAGAAGGUGGAGGUGAAAGAAAAGGCAAUUACUGGACCUUGGAUCCUCAAUAUGAAGAUAUGUUCGAAAAUGGGAAUUACAGACGACGGAGAAGGAUGAAGAGACCUUACAGGUCAACGCAACCUUAUCCGAAAUCUUUCUUCGGUGAUGCAUUAGGACAACACGGGCUUGCACCGUUGCCGAGGAAUAUUUUCACUUCUCCCACAGCAUAUCCGCCUCCGUAUUCGAGAUACGAGCCUUCUUGGAUGGCACCUUCUCAAUUAGCUUCUUAUACUACUUGCAAUUCGGGAGGGUAUAGUUUCCAUUUUAUUGAUUACAAAGAAGUGUUUCCUGAACUUGAGACAUAA